GGGAGAUUACUUCCACGGUUCUGCGAUGCGUUGUCUCUGUUGCCCUCGUGUUGGAAAUGUGUUCCUGAUGUUUAUCUUUUUCUUUCAUCUACUUGGUGUUUUAAAAUCUCAUCUACUCUUGAUGAACUGUUGUUAACUGACCUUUCCUUAAGGACAGAUUUCUUGAAUCAGGUAAUCGUAUGCGCGUCAGUAUGUAAGCGAGUUUUCUUUCCGUGUAAUCGUGGUGCAAUCUAUUAUCCAUGGUGCAAUAUGUAAGCUCAAAAUUUAAUUUUAAGGUAAACUCAAAUGAACAAAGUUUUGCUGUACUUUGUUUACUCUUUUUUCAGUCUAAGGCCUCUGCUGUGAAAAAUGCUUGGUGACAACUUAAAGAUUUUCGUCCAUGGUUUACCUUUGGACUGCGAAGAACACUCCUUGAAGGAUUUUCUUGAAGGUAAAGUUUAUGCUAAUGAGUGACAUAAAAAUAUUUUUUGACAGAUUAUUUCUGCCUCUUCCAAAAGCUGCUAUGAAUGAGCCCUUUAAGUUACUCGCCUUCUCCAGGGCUGCUAACCAUAACAGACACUGUAACUCACUGCUAUUUAUUUCACCAAAUGUAUUAAGCUUAUAAAGGCCAAUGUGUAUUAAGCUUAAAGCUUGAGAUCAAGUUUUCAUAGCAAACAUAUGCAUCUCGAAAAUGUAGCCUCUGCUUGUAGGGUAUCACAUUAUCUUUCCCAUUUUUUUCAGAAGAACAAUAAUAAGUCCCUGUUACAUUGAAGAGAUCUUUUAAUUCUGUUGAAAUUCCUUGCAUUGUUUUUAAGUUCUUUCCAUGCAAGGGUUAUUAAAGCCAGGUUAUGCAACACAGAUCUCACUAUUCUUCUUUUAACGUUGUUUGGCACACAGCUAAUUUUUUCUUAUGUUUCAAAAGUGCAUCUUUAUUUUUGUAACUCCUAGCCUCAAUGGAUCUUGUUUACUGUGGGUAAUCUCGACCGAGAUAUCAGUCGAUAUAGCGGUCGACACUCGGUCGAUAGUCGGUCGACACUCGGUUGAUACUCGGUCGAUAUAGCGGUCGAUAGUCGGUCGACACUCGGUCGAGACACGGUCAAUAGUCGUUCCAGAUUGUCUCGGCCGAUAUAGCUUUUCGUUCACCGACACUUCGCCGACACCUUGCCGACAGUUGGUCGAUACUUGACUGAUGUAUCGGUCAGUAAUUGGUGGACAAUCGGUCAAUGGUCGUUCCACACUUGGUCGAUAGUCAGAAGAUAGCCGUUCGAUAUAUAUCGGUCGAGAUUCGGCCGAUAGUCGAUCGAUAUAUCGGUCGAGAUUUUUGUCGGUCUGUAUAGUUUUUAGUCCGUUAUCAAUAGCGCUGGAGAAGAAAUUGGAGCAAGAUUACUGAAAUAUAAACCGAUUGCCCCUAUUGACACUUGGAGAUUCUUGAAAAGCUCGCAUUUUUGGACAUUUUUCGGUCAGUUAUGAGUCCAAACUACUCAAAAUUAAACAUGAAAGCAUGCCUUUCUUUGCAAUAGCAUCCCGUUUUGUGACAUUUUUUGGUAUGGGCAUGCCAAAAAGUCUUACCCAAUCUCUUUAGACUUUUCUGCUUUUUUUUUUCGCUUUUCCUUUUUCUCUUGUUUUUGUCAUUUUGCUGCCGUUGCUAACUGCUAACUGCCAGUUGCCAGUCAGUUCAAGAAUUUUCGAGAAGGCAUCAUCCAAAAGGGAAAUUCUUACCAAGCGAUGAAGAGGGAAAUUUUUUCCUCCAUUUUCAAAUUUGUAAACCUUUUCUGUAUAUAUUUGAAGCUCAAUAUCACUCUACUUUGGGUAUCAUUGCCGGUUUGGCUUCUCUUCCUUCAACAGGUUUUUUAUUAUUGUAAGAGGUGCCUUUUUAAUGUAAACGCUUGGUAAAACAUGAUUAGGGUUAUGGCCAGCCAAGGAUGGCAGGGGGUGAUCCUAUAUGAAUUUAGUAUACACUAAAACAGUGGAUAGCGUUGUGUGCGCUUUCUAAUUGGCUACUGAAACAUGGGAUAACAAUUGCUAUUGCGCGUACAAAUUGUAAUUGUUGACGCGAACAAAUGUGGCAAAAAUCAUUAAUUGCUACCUUAAUAAUAAUAAUAAUAAUAAUAAUAAUAAUAAUGUACAGUUAGUUAUAUAGCGCUUUUCUCUUAGUGAUCCAAAGCGCUUUACAAUCAGUAAAUACUUAGCAAAGAAAUAAUUCCAAUACAACAUAACAGGAUUUUUUUUACCUUAUUAUAAUCUGAAAUUUUCGCGACACUGUAAUUUCGCAAAUUGCGCGAUUUUAAUUAAAGUGACGCGAACAAUAAGUGUUGCGAACAUAACAUGAUAAUGUUAACGCGGCGCAUACUGUUUUCCUUUUAUUGGAUGACCAAAAGUGACUUAACAUUCAAUAUUAAUUUCUGCAUACGCAUGGUCAUCUUUAUUUUGAACAAAAUAUAAAGCGAAAGGACAGAGCAAAAGGACAGGAUAAUGUAAUGAGAACGUAUGAGUAUUUUCCUUGCUGUAAAUUGAAAUCAUUCCCACUGUAAAUGAAUGUGUUCAGUCUGCUGGAUAUUUUGUCACCUUCCUCGGCGCAUUAUCGGUGCGUUUUAUCAAUAACUGAUCGUUAAACAAAGGACUGUUCCCGUCUUCAAUGUGGAAAUAUAUAAGUUUAAUUUGUGGUCUUUGCACUAAAGAGAACUUGGGGUGAUGAAGCAAGUCAAAGCCCGAUAAUAAACGAUGUGUAUUCCUCGCUCUUAAAGCCUGUCAUGAACUGCCUUUUCCUAUUCAUUAUUCGCUCUAUCGACCGACAUUACCCACAGUAAACAAGACCCGCCUAAAUUUCAUUCAUUUGAGUCCCUUACUCCGUCAGUAACGUCUGAAUCAACCAGCUGUUGAUGCCGUCCAGUGACGUCACUACCCAAAAACCAGAAAGUGAUUUAGAUUGGUUGAUAGUCCAAGCAUUCACAUAAUUAUGUAUAAUUAUGAGACAUUUCAGCAGGACUAGUGGAUCGCAUGCUUGCGUGGAGUUUCGCAUGCUUGCGUGGAAUUUUGACAAUCAUCAAUAUCGGAAUCAACAAAAUUGUCCUUGUCUUUUAAACUAUAACUUGUUAAAUUGAACUACAAAUGAAGAGUCACUGCAGAGAGUCGGUAGGUUUUCAUUUAGAGCCACUUUGUGAUUUCGGCAUUGAUUUUGUUUAUGUUAAGUGUCAGCAAUCGAUUUUUUGUUAGAUUUGUAAUUCAGAUUUCCUGUCAUUUCCACCGUCAAGUGUAAUGAUUCUGUUAGCUUUUCUUUCUUGUUUUUUUUCUGCUUCGUUAACCCAUUCGCCCUUCGAAACUUUGCUAAAAAACACGUUUUGAAGGUAGUCAAGCGGUUUUCUGGUCACUGUCGUGCUAUUAAGGUAUCAGCCACCCUUCAGGACCGUCCGCGCGCGGAUCGCUGUAGCGUUAGUUGUUUUUAUAAAAACCCCUAUAAACCAUAUAUUUUUUAAAAGCUUAAUAAUUCCAGAUUAUGGAUUUGAACUAACAAAAACGAUUUACUUAAAUGUGUUUCGAAAUUGGAACGCUUUGUGUAAACGUACACCUCUCUAUAAAUCAUGUUCCACUCCCGCCGGAAAUAAACGGAAGAAAACAAUUAACACCGCAUUUGCUUCUCAACAUGUUCCACUAAAAAACCGUGUCUCAGAUUUUUGACAAGUGCGUUGGUUUUUCUUUUAUUAGCAAAUGAAGUUGGGGAAGGCAAUUAGUCAACACUCCCUGUGGAAAAAAAGCUCUAGCUUUAAAAUGAAAAGGAGUAUUAAAAUUCGCAGACACGGUUUUGUAGAAGAGAUAUAUGGCAUCACUCUGGCCAAAUUUUAGCCAAAUUGAUUGAAAGGCUGCCGACUUGGAGUUCAAAACGUGCGAGUCGAUCGGCAAAAUUUGUGUUCGGAGAUAAAAAAAAUACAUUUUUGGCGGUAUCGUACCUUGAAUGAGAUUAUAACACCUAAAUGUUUAUUCUUAUUGAUAUCAGAGAGGGAUCAAUUUUCUCUAACAAUAGGACUUUGACAGGUAACAUGUAACAGGAAAACUUCCACUCUUUUACAACACGAGAAGCACGGUUUAAUUCUUUCUCGAGCAAAAGUUUUGCAUCUCCUUCGAUCUUUUUUGUAUGAUUUGUUGAUCGGCGCCAGGCCAAGGAAACUAAAAAAUUUUGAAGCCGCCGAAUGUCCACCACCGAUUGCUCGAAGGCCAAGAACUGAGGUCCGGUUUAUUUCAAACGCUCUGCUCUUCUCGGAAGAAUUAAAAACAGAAUUUGUCUUGUCUGACGGACAGCUUUCAUUCUCGCUGGAUUCUCCAGGUAGAACCAAGUCCAUGCUUAGUCGCUACAUUUUCCAUGACUUGGACUCUUCCCCGGCAAAAUCGACAAGAUACAGACUCGUCCAGUUUCUCAAGCAGCUUUUCUCUCGAUACGAUAGCUCGACCGCUUAUUGUUUUCCACGUUCCAUCAGCAGAUGGGGUCGAUGAGCUUAAUUGGCUUUCUUCAUCUGGCUCUUCAAGCUGGAUUUUGGAGCGGCUUGCACUCUCAGCAACUGCAGCAUUUUCGCUUUUCUGAAUAUCCAACUCCUCGAGCCACUUCUCUUGCUGAUAAAAUUUUGCGGCCCAUUCAAUUUCUUUCUCGCUCUCGGUUUCGAUGACGAAAACGGACACAACCUUUUCUUUUUUCUUGGCGGCAUUUUCACCGAAGCAAACGCUAAAUAUCCACGGAGAAUACUAAAGGCUAUGAACAACGCGAAGACAAUUCGCACGUGUUGUGUCCAAUCACGCACUCGGAAUCACGUUACUAGUUCACAGGCAAGUUAAUUGAUAUGAUACGGGUAUGACAGAUCUUGUCAACGAUCAAUUAAGAUAAUUAACGAGAAAAAAUCUUUUACCACCGAUAUCUUUCGACAGAAAUAAUAUUUUCUUCUGAUUUUUUUUUUGAAAGAAAGCUCUCAAGCAUAUCUAUUUGAAAACGUUGAAACCUCAAAUAUGGAAAAAUGGCAAUUUUAAGGGUGGCUGAUACCUUAAGCGCCAAAACUUACCACAAAGCUGUUUACUGGUCGUACACUUCGCGGCCUUUUGAUCAAGAUGCAAAGUAUUAGCUUGUGAAGUUCGGGCAUGUGUAGAAAGCAAAAUUUUUUGGGUUUAAAAGGAAACGAAUCACUAAGUGAUGUGAUAAGACUACUCCUUGCUGGAGAACUUUUAUUUUUCUCAGAGUUCUACAUACAAACUAUUCAAGACAGGUUCUUGGAAAUAGAAAACGAGACGCCCUAUUCGGAGGCUACUAUGUUCUAAACUAUGCUAACAGAAGCGGGCGAGAAAGAAAUGACAAACUCAAAAAAUUGUCUAGAAGCUAUUCGCGCAGAAGCACAUGAUACAUGCCUUACAAACAACUGGAAUGGGAUGGUUCAAAUGAUGGCCUUGUCCACUGUUUUAAGAUGGCGAAUAUUCAGGAUUGACUUUCUGUAACUUAUUGACCAUUUUGUUGAGGUUUAUUUAAAGACCCUUAGUACAUUGUAUUCUAAUUUUUUUUUUUGAAGAUAAUUUUUAGCAAUUAGAAUACUUGUCCUGGUGACCAAAAACGAAAACUUAGAGGCCAGUUGGCUCCAAGAUUUUUUCGGAAAGUCGAGCCCUGCCUUGCUAGAAGUUUUUCACUUCCUUCUUUAUCGAUGGUCGAGUAUUCAGGAUAUUUGCUUUUUAUGGUAAUUCGCUAUGACAAUUGUGUGUGUAAUCUUGGACAGAAACUACAAUAGUCCCAGAACCGGCCAAUCCUCACGAACACAAACUAAAGUAAGGGAGCAUAUUAAAAUAUCCCUAAGAAAGAUCAGUAUCAAAUUCCUCCUUGUCAUAACAACGCUUUAUGAAACAAAGAAUGGGAGAUAGCAGGUAUCAAACACAUUCCCUUCAGCUCUAAAGGUUACUCUUUACUGCAUGUACGGGAAUAGUAGAGCAGGGCGUGUCAUUUUAAUCAUUGGUGAAAAUAAAUCGUAUGCUCAUCACAAGACUCAUUUGCAUACCAUGAAAGUCAUCAUGAUUCUUAUCCAGUUUCCACGGUCUCCGCUAGGAAUGCCUGGGACUAUGCCAUGGCUGACCAUUUGAGGAAGACAAAUGAAAGUCUUGCUCUGCUACAGCAAGCUCAACUAGAAAGUAAAGCAAUUCUGUACCAUGUAGACAUUUCUCGAUGAUAUUUCUUUGUUUGCCAGUUAAAAGUCCUAUUUUACUUUUUGCAUAAGUUAAAGCAAAGGAGUAGUGAUGUCACGGGAUGGUGUUAAUGGCUGGUUGAUUCAGAUCUUAGUGAGGGAGUAAUGGAGUCAAAGUAAUGUCUGAAAUUCAGGCUAUGUAACUCCUGUUUUUCAUUUGAUACUGUUUACCCAAAUUUUGCCUUCUGCACAUGCCCAAACUUUGGAAGGUCAUAUUUAGCAUCAGGAACACAGUUUGGGCAGUUUUGUUUAUUUUUGGGCAGAAAGUGAUUAAAAAAAUGGCUUGACUAGCUUGAAAAGGAAGUUUUUGUCAAAAUUUCCAUGGGUGAAUAGGUAAAGCAAUACCACUUAGCUUUCUGGAAAAUUCCACCUGUGAUCAUAAAUUAAAGCAAGUAUAUCAGCCUAUAAAAUGCCAAACUCGGUGACAAAGACCAGGGAUGUAUUUAGCUAAGAAAGAGUUAAGCAGGAUCCAAAGAGCUUAUGCUGUAAGAGGCAAAUGUGUUACUCAUCUGAUCACUCUGUAGCUACAACCUGAGUUGCAAAAAUGUUGGCCCAGCAACACUCCGAUGGAGAACUGGCCUUUCUUACUUCAAAUUGCUGCUAGUCACACGUCUGCCCUCCUCCCUCCUCCCCUUCAUUCAAAGUUGUUCCUCCAAGGUUUGAGCAUGGUCUUGUAUUGACCACUCCAGAAAACACCAUAACAAUCAUAUACCAUAAUGCUCUUUGUUUGUCACCCCAAAAUUUUGCAUAAGCAUUAUUUUCAGUUUCUCUUGGGGCCAUUUUAACUCCAGCUUAUAGAACAUCCAUCUAAAACCACAUGCUUGCAAAACUAUUAGCAGUCACAUUCAUUUGUGUAGCAACUUCUUAUCUACAUGUGUUGUGUUUAAAAAAUAGGAUCUUGUUUACUGUGGGUAAUGUUGACCGAGAUAUCGGUCGAUAUAGUGGUCGACACUCGGUGGAUAGUCGGUCAACACUCGGUCGAUAGUCGGUUGAGCUCAGUCGACAGUCGGUCGAUACUCGGUCAAGACUCGGUCGACACUCGGCGACAGUCGGUCGAUAUAGCGGUCGAUAGUCUGUCCAUAGUCGGUCGAUAGUCGGUUGACACUCGGUCGAUAGUCGUUCCAGAUGUGUCUCGGCCGAUAUAGCUUUUCGUUCACCGACACUUCGCCAACAUUUCGCCGACACUUCGCCGAUAGUUGGUCGAUAGUUGGUUGAUACUUGACCGAUGUAUCGUUCAGUAAUUGGUCGAUGGUCGGUCGACACUUUGCAUUUCCUACAUUUUUUGGCUUGGAAAACAAGAAAUUAGAAAGCAUUUUCUAGCUUGGACCUAACUGUUUUCUUAAAUUGUGUUUCUGCUUUUUUAAUUUCAAACUUCAAUGUACUUAGCCAAAAUUCCGGAAUAAUAGCUAUUAGUCAUUUAUCUAGCCUUUUAUUUUAAUUCAUGUGAAUGGGAUUUAGCCUACCUGCCCACCACCUUUUCGCAGACGUUUCCUCCCCGGUUUUUUUUUUUUAGGGGUGGGGGUGUCUCGUUACGCGUAGCCGGCUAGAAUUGAAUCAUGAAGAAGUCCGCUAAGUGAGAAUGAUAGGCCUUCAGCUUCUUGUUAUGUGAUUUAUUCCCACCUUGUAAGGCCUAUAUCUGGCUGAUUUUUCCUAUGCGGAGAAUUUUUCAACCGACUCAGAACUACAUUGAUGAAAAAAUGUAUUUACAGUUCAUUUUUUUUAACUUGUUUUUCCUUAACAAGUUAAGAUAAUAUUAAUGUUAACGCGACGCAUACUGUUUUCCUUUUAUUGGAUGACAAAAAGUGACUUACCAUUCAAUAUUAAUUUCUGUAUAUGCAUGGUCGUCUUUAUUUUGAACACAAUAUAAAUAUAAAGCGAAAGGACAGAGCAAAAGGACAGGAUAAUGUAAUGAGAACGUAUGAGUAUUUCCCACAAUAAAUGAAUGUGUUCAGUCUGCUGGAUAUUUUUGUCACCUUCCUCAGCACAUUAUCAGCGCGUUUUAUCAAUAACUGAUCGUUAAACAAAGGACUGUUCCCGUCUUCAAUGCAGAAAUAUAUAAGUUUAAUUUGUGGUCUCUGCACAAACGAGAACUUGGCGUGAUGAAGCAAGUCAAAGCCCGAUAAUAAACGAUGUGUAUUCCUCGCUCUUAAAGCAUGUCAUGAACUGCCUUUUCCUAUUCAUUAUUUGUCCACUUCGGGACUGCCGGAGCAGUCAUUUCACUCGUCCUUCUUUAAGUAUUCUUCGACUGCGGGACCACAGGAGCAGCAGAUUCAACUUAGGCUGAGACAGGUUCUGUUUAACAGCUAAAACUCAGACGAUCGGUGAUGAUACAAACUGGAAAAAAAAAGGUUAUCAUGUCCUUAGUUCCCAGUACUCUUCGGUUCGUUUCAUAGAGUAAUCGCGCCUCGCACUACCACAUGUUCCCCCAUCGCAUGAUAACAGUAAUUAAUGACGUCUUUGCUUAAAAAAAAGCCAUUGGACUCACCUGAUAAAUUAACACACGACUGAUAUUCGAACGACAGUUGACCGAUAUACCACCGACAGUUGACUAAUAUACCACCGACAGUUGACCGAUAUAUCACCGACAUAUGACCGAUAGUAAGUCGAGGUGCUCGGCCGAUACUCGGCCGAUAGUCUAUCUCACUAUCGACCGACUAUCGACCGACCAUCGACCAACUAUCAACCGACUGUCGACCGACUGUCGACCGCUAUAUCGACCGCUAUGUCGACCGCAAUGUCGACCGAUAUCUCAGUCGACAUUACCCACAGUAAACAAGAUCUAAAAAAUAAACACUAUGACACCAGCACGUAUGAUUUACCUUGGACCACAGACUUAAGGUUAGCUCAGCAACAACAGGUGAACUUUUAACUUUUUACAGAUGUGGUUCAGUGGUAGGAAUCUUUUUGCUAAGAUUCAGAGUUCACACAAGUGCAAAUACAUUGCAAGUUAAACAGGAAAAGUUGUACACAUCUCUUUUACUACCCAAGUAAUUACAUGUAUACUAAAAUAAAUUAUUUAAAUGGUGUGUUCAGAUGAAUUCUGCCAUGUAUAUUCAAAAGUGGAGUGAGGUUAAAUUUACUGGUAUAUGAAAGUUUAUAAAAUAGCUAAGAUAGUAUGUGCGUUCUGAUGGGUCAAAAAGCUAUGGUUUAUUGUGCAGGUAAACUCAUAGAAAACUUAAAGUUAUUUUAUAAAGCAAUAGCAUAUGAAAGUAUAAUGUCAUUAUUUGUUUCACUUUCUAGCUGUGUGUGAUCUUCCUGGCAUGGUAUCCAAAGUUAGCAUUCCCCCUAAAAAGGUAAAUUUUUCCAUUUGACUGAAGAUAUUUAAGAUAUAAAAAUGGGUUGAAUGUGAAUAAAAAGGGUUCUUUUCAGUCCAUUCAAUCAUUACCACACUCUCUCUGGUCUUAAAACUUAAUCAUUUAGUUUGACUUGCAGUACAUUUUUCAGUCCUUUCAAACUGAUCAUAAAGACAGUGGGUGAGUGCAUGAAUCCCUGUGUAGCAGGUGCAAAUAGACACAGGCAUAAAAAGUAGAGCUGUUAAAUGCUUGAAACAUUCACCUCUGUGACAAAAACUUGAGCCCAUGAUCUAAAUAUGAUCCAAAAUCCAAAUUAUGUGACGUCAAUGCAGUGUUAUCCCUAAAUUUUAGCUCAGCAGGUAAGGGACCAUUCACAGACGGUAAAGUAAUAUAUACUUUUCUGGGAGGGGUGAAGUGGAGUGAGGGACAUGGACCCGCCCUUACUGGGAAGUUUAGGAGGUAAGGAUUCCCAUAUUUUAAGACCUAUUUUACGCAAAUCAGCCAUUGUUGUCUUUAGACAACGAUUUAAAGCAUUAUUUUGAUUCCAAUAAUUUUACUAUGUCUUUAAUGUUCUCUUUCCAAAAUGUGUGUCCCUAAAAAGGAAAGCUGUAUAUACAGUACAGUCCAAAAAUAAUGCACGCGUAAGAAGUGGCAUAACAAGUUGCUUCGCUGUAAGAACAUGCAAGCACCGCAAAAAGUGAAAGUGCCGUAUUUUGCGGACCCACUUUGGAUCGCAAGAAGUCGAAAAUCUUCACCGCAAGAAGCUAGAAAAUUACCGCAAGCCUCAAGAAGGCGCAUGAAGUUGUUUAUAAGUGUUAACCUGAAAGAAUUUUGUGGUGUUUGUCGCCUUCUUAUUACAACAUCAUUUUGUAGUGUUGAUACUACAGUAAUUCACCCUGUGGCAGCAAAAGGUAAUCAUGCAAGGCCACACAUAAAAAGUUGCCUGAGAAAGGGAUGGCUUUCUCUGCUUUUUCUGCAAAGUGAACACUUCAAUCGUUCAGCUUUUCCAAAGUUAGAUAAAGAGUGUGAAGCGUUUGUUUAACAAAAUGAUCUGUAGUUUCGAACCUUUGGAUCGUCUCAUAGUACAAUACUAUAGGCUCGGCAAAACAAACCGAAGGCGUUAAAUUUCUGCCACAAUGGAUAUCACGGCUCUAAAGAAAACAUGGCAACUAUUUAUUACUUUAUUGUAGUAAUUUGACAGAGCCUUUAGUAAAAAUAUUUCUUACAUUAGUAUAGUAUGUGUUUUUUCCAAGAGCGCUUUAAGUUGACACAGUUGCAUGUGCGGUCUCAAGUUACACAGCUCUUUUGCGAAACGUAGUACGAUCGUUCUUUAUUUUUUGAAGCGCUGCUUUUUUUUGUCAAAAUUGCAUACAUUUCCUCAGUUAAAAGGUUACCUUUGCGCAAGAUAAUUUUAUUUAGUAUAUACUAAAACAGUGGAUAGUGUUUUUUGCAUGCUCUGAUUGGCUACUCAAUCAGUGAAUAUCCUGCACUAUUCACUGAUUCACCUCCAGUUCCUCCGAGCGAGGGACGCCAAAGUCGCGUAAGUUGCGAGCAAAAUGCCUUCCCAGUUUGCUGCCAUAAUAAUCAAAGAAAUUUCACAACUAAUCAAGUAAGCUGUUACCAAAAUACACGAAGAAGGUGACAAAGUUCGGUUUGGAAGUUUUGACAGGUAAAGCUUUGUCUUUUUGACUUGAAUUUAUCGAUAAAACCGAUGAAAAAGUUUUUCGUUUACAAAUGCAAAUUAAGCUUAAGUCUUGCGUUACUUUAUUUAGCUGACUUGUUCAUAAAUAAGCUUAAAACUAAAUUUAAUUAUCUUUUUUACAGAAUGAUUUUAAAUACAAAACUCCUUUUGAAGAAAUUUCCCCGCAAGAGCUAAACGAAUGCCUUCAAAAGUUUGAUUUGUGGGCAAGAAAAAGCGACGACGGCGGCCGUUCGGUCAUUGCGCACCAAAAUUAAUUGUUGUACAUACCCUUUCAAAAUUCACUGAUCCUUAUUUUCCAAAACAAGCUGCAGUGCGCAUUUUAAAAAACCAUGAAAGUAUUUUUAGCUUAUCUUUUUUGUUUACACUUGUUAUCUAUGUAGUUUUUCCCCGUUUUUGUAAACCAGCAAGAAUGAAACGGUUUUUGGGUUUUGAAUGUUCAAAACUAUGUUCCUAAAGUAUAGAUUAGCGAUCAAUCACUGACAAAUACAGAAAGCAGCUCAGCUAUUUUAUUGUCAUAUUAAAUUGUCACACGUCUACAGCGAUGUCGCAAAUGUUUGAUGAACCAAUGGUCGCUUGUGAAACUCUUUCAAAUGGCUAAUGAAAGAAGCGAAACAAACGAAAACUGUCAGAAAUGAUAGAAAUCAUUAGAAAACAAUAGAAACUAUGCAAACGAAAAAAAUCGCCAAAGGAUAAUGUAAACAUUUCAAACGCUGAGCGUAAUGCCUCGCUUGAUCUUGAUCUGACCUGUUGAAUAAUUUUGUGUGCAAAAUGUUCAAUGAAAUCUAUCUAUGAAAGUAAAAAUGAUCGCCUGAAUGAAAAAAACUUCUGUGGUGUUACUCUGCAAAAAUAUGCACCUUAGUUUUGAAGACCUCAAUUUGAUCUCUGCACCGUUUUGGCUGGUAUGAAUAGAUUGAUAGAUUGUAUCGCACUGGAAGAAGUUGUUGUGCUGCAAUUCGAAAAUCCCACAGCAAAGAACUUCUUGUGGUUAAAUUUGUAACUGCAAAAGAAGUUCUUGCGUCUUGCUGGAUUCAAGCGCAAGUGCCCCGCAAAAAAGCCGCACAAGGUUGCCAGCUAGCAGACGCAAAAAGAAGUUCUUGCAUGUGCAUUAUUUUUGGGCUGUACGUUUUGUACUUAAGUAGCUGCUUUUUUCACGAAUUCAUUUUCUUGUGAGGAUCGGAUCGAUCACAACUUGCAUAUAUUUAUAUAUUUUUUAAAUUAUUUAAUUUUGGUAAACCUUCAAGCGGUUGCAUGCAGUAAGAAGUGUUGCUUCAGGCAGUAAAUUUUACCUGUUACUGUCCGAUUAGGAGAACACUGUCAAUGGGUAAGCACCCAAGCUCUGCUUCAGUAAGAGAGCCGUUAUGGAGUUUAUGGUAUUGAUUCUUUCUCAAGUCCAUAGAGGAAUUACUCCCCCACACAUUUACAUUUAAUUCCCUUUUGACAGAGCUACCAUGUAUUUUACCUUGAAUAUUAUUUAACUUUUGUAGGUGGUUAGAAUUGUUUUAUUUCCUAUUUACUGUUAAGUAAAUUUGACGGGAAGCAUAAUUAACUUGUGAUUGUUUUUUGUGUUAGAGUUAAAUACAAUUUUUGUUUUGUCUUCCAGAGUUUUGCUUUUGUGACUCUUUCUAGCCCUGAAGCAGUGAAAUGCUUGUUGGGAAAUGUACGUAUUUGUGAAAAAAAAAAUUGAAUUUCUGCCAGGGAUAUUAAAUAUUUUAUGUUGUGCCCUCUAGUGGUGAAUAUAUGAUAUUUGGGAGUUGUGAGUUGUUUGUAGCCAUUUUGGACUGACAGUCUACAUUACUGUAUCUUUAGAACCCUAUAGUGGUCAUGUUGCCUAUACAGUUGACUCCCGAUAACUCAAACCCUCUCUAACUCGAACCUUGCACUAACUCGAGCCAAAGUCGAUUACCCCUGGAUUUCUGUCAUACGUUUACUGUAAUUUUACAGUUGGUAACUCAAACCCUCAUUAACUUGAACCUCCCGCUAACUCAAAGCAAUUUUUGUUUCCCCUCAGAUCAUUUCUAUAUAAUUUUACUCUUGAUAACUCGAACCAUGUUUUGAGCCCACAAAAAGUCAGGAAAAAACAGUGUACUGGCAUCCAAAACAUUGAAUUUUGAGUUUCCCAUUGACGUGUUGUAGGCAUUGUUUACCAGUGGAGGCCGACGUUGUUUGUCACAAAUCUAACGUGAAACAGCUUUACUUCUCAAAACGGUAAAUUGCAUGCUCUAUUUAGGCAAUGUUUUGUUAUGUUAUGUUAUGAUUUAUAAUCUAGGAGUAUCUUUUCUGAUCUUUCAAUUAUCACAUGUAUAACCUUUCUACAAUUAAAUGGGUGAUUAAAAACUGUUUUUUCCUUACUCGCGGCUAUUUUCCUCAUGCUCCCAAUAGCUCGAACUCCCGAUAACUCAAAAGGUUCGAGUUAUCAAGAGUCGACUGUAUUUCCCUCUCUUUCUUUACCUGUUUUGUUUUACAUUUCUUGUUAAUAGACCUGCAAUAUAUUACUUUUAUGGACUACACUCAGCUUUUAUAAAAAGAAAGUUACCACGGCUGUCUUGAGGGGAGGUAUUUCCCCCACAUACUACAAAAAUGACCCUUAGAUACUUUAUAGAAAACACAAGGAAAAUAGAACCAAAAGAACCUCCAAGCUGUUUAAUUCCCUGCCCAGUAAUUGCAUAUUCUGCAGCAAGUUUAAAUCUUUGUGAAAGCCUCAGGAGUAACAGAGAAAAAGAAGUAACAGAUGAUGAUGCUGUUGAGCAGUGAAACCUCGGAUUUUUAUAUCUUUUAAAAUGGAGCAGUUUAAGGCAAUCAACGAAUUCAAGGCAAUCUUACCAGAUUUAAAAAAAGAGUAAUUUUUGCAGUUGUUUGUUUUCUAUUUAUAAAUCGUUUCAAGUUACUCGUGUUUAAUUGAUUAAUUAAAUUACCUUGACAGCUUUGUUGUCCCCAGACAGAACAAAAGAGUCAGCAGUCUCUUAUUUUUUCUUCUCGGGCUUAUGCCCUCGUUUCUCGCAGCUCAUGGCUUCGCUGCUCGUGUGCUUAGGUUUCGCACGCAGUAACUUUGUAAAGAAAAACAAGAGACUGCUCGUAGUCUAGUCUACACCUGCAUUCUUUUCACAAGAGGCUGCCCAAAUUUUUGUCCUUGGAGCCAAACAGUCAAAGGACCACUCUUGCUUUAACCAGGGUUCAAAAUUAACAGUUGUCUGGUUGUCCUGGACAACAAAAAUUAUCAGUGGGGCAACCAAUUUGUGCUGAGUGGUUGCCCCUUGGACAACCCAAUCUGCAGAGGCAAUAGUCCCUAAAGAGAGAAAAAUAUUGUAGCUUUUUGCAUUGUGGAAGGGUUCACGAUAACUAAAAGUUAGUUGAAAGUAAUUGGAAAACAGACGCAGAAAAACAUUGACUCAGAGCUCAACGUUUGGCCUGAAAGAGCCUGUGAUAAAAAAAAACCUGAAGCAAAUGACGUACAUUUUAUUGUGAAAAACCAAUAAAACUGUUGCCAACUUGAGCUACCUCAGUUUUUUACUUUCUUGGAUUGAGCUGGGGUAAGAGUUUGCCUUGGAUGACCAAAAUAUUCCAUGGGCAACCAAACUAAGUCUUGUGGUUGCCCCAGGGGCAACCAGACAUAAAAGUAAAAAUAAACCCUGGCUUUAACCCUUCCAUAAAUGGGAAUAGAGAUUGCCUGCAUUGCAUGUUAGUCAAAGACUUAGACAAGGGAGCAUUACCUGGGGGUCAUUUUAAUAACUGUCAUUAAUCAAAGUUGAAAAUGAAUGCGACAGCCGUAAAUAGUAAACACCAAUCUUAAAAAAUUAUACAACUGUAGAUAAAGUAUGUGGUGAACUUCGGUACGAUUUUUAGCUAGAAUUAUGUUCGUAGUUUCCCCAGCAAUUGAGUGUAGGCUCACCUUCACGUUAUGUAAAAUCUCUGGGGGGUCCUUUUUUAAAAGUGAGGAUGAAUUGGGGGGAGGGUGGCUUGAAAUUUCUGAGCUUCUGAAAUGCACUGCACCUCCUUGGAGGAGAGGUGAAAGUUUGAGUGACAUUGAUACCAAAGGACCUUAUUAGUUCUUCAAUUGUAAUUGAAUUUGUUGUUUUUAGACACUACUGUACUGUGAUGGUGUUGGACAAGUUUACCAUGUCCAGGCAUGCCCUUAUGUUAGAAAGCCAUUUAGGAACGGCCACAAUUUAAAACCCAAAAAGACAGAACAUGCACCAUUUACAGUUAAAAUAGAACCCAAACCACUGAAGUAUAAGACUCCAGAACAUGCCAUUCAGUUUAGUCCUGACUUCAGUAUGCUCUCACACUCCAAGCCAAAGAGAAGAAGAAAGAGAAAGGGAGAUGAUUCAUUGGUGUGGUUUGGUGAUGUUGGCACAACUUCAUUUAGAAAGAGGCCAAAGCACAAAAAAAAGAAUAAGAAGGUUGGUCUUAUAAUUCAUUAUAAUGUAUGUGUCAUUAUUAGUCAAUUAUGCUACUGCUGUACACUUGGGAAUCCCACCUUCACUCAUGCUGCUCCUGUCUUAUGGAACUUGCUGCCUUUAUCGAUUAGAACUACCUUAUUACAUGAAAUUUUGGCAACACGUUUAAUUUGGCGAUUUUGACAAAAUUAAUCCUUAGUUAGCGGCACUUUAAUUUAGCGAUUUUUCGUAAAUUUUGGAACAUAAGUCACUUAAUUUUCGCUAUUCACGAACUGAAACUUUGGCGAAUUAAGGUAUUCAAAACUUUUACGACGAUAACAGAGCAUUUUUGUGUUAAAAAUAAUCAUAAAUGUCAAUGGCUUCAUUUAAAUCUAAAUCAUACAACAUUCUGAAACUUAAUUUUGAGCAAAACAAACGAAACUGCAACUGUAAUGUCAUUUUAAUGCUGUCGUCACUCAUAUUUAAUGUAAAUUGUUACAUUGAUACACGUCAAAAUCGACCAUCAAUUGGAUGAUUGUGUGAAAAAGACCAGAUGGUGGAAUUUUGUAUUGCACUCACUUUAAUUUAGCGACGAUGUAAAUUUAGCAACACUUAAUUUUGGUGCAUUUUAAUUUUUUAUAAUUGCUGAAUUAAAGUGUCGCCAAAAUUUCAUGUGAUAAGGUAGAAGCAACCUUUCCAUUUUAAUAAACAACUAAUACAUAAAACAUUAUUCUGUUUAAAAGCACUUUCAUUUAUAAUUAUUUGUAAACAGUGUUGAAUGUUAAGAGCUUUUAAAUAUUUUUAAGUAUUGUAUUGGCACUUUAUAAAUUUAUUAUUAUUUUUAUUGUUGUUGUCAUUAUUAAUAUUAUCAUUUUUAACAACUGCUGAGCGGUGACAAGAGAUGGCACCCCUUGUUGUUAUCUGCUUAAAAAUUUCAUUUAGCUUAUUUAUUAUUAUUACUAGAAAUAUGUGUAUUGCAGAAGCUCGGGGGGGGGGGCAUAAAAUGUCAGGGAUGGAAGGGGGAGAGAAUUGGAGUAAAUUGGGUAGCUUGGGAGGGCGAGUUUCAACACUGGCUCUAAUAUUGGAAGGUCAGAUGUAGUUAAUCACCUUUUGGUUGGAGUAAAUUUCAACCCAGUGCUGUUUUGUUAAAAAGGAUAUUCUGCGACUGAAAUGGGAUUGGUGUUGUUAAGGAAGGGUAAGCCAAUGUUUCAUAGGUCCCGUGUUCACCCCAUUUGACCCUCCUACAUGUGUAAUUAUAGUAAAAAAAACGGGUGUGAUAGUGAAUAACUGCAGGCGAAUAUGCAGCAAACACAUGCUAUCUUUAAAGUGCACCUAACCCCAUUUUUUUUUUAAUUUGCUUAAAUGAAUGUGCUUACUUUCUGGAGUAUAUCUGUGAAAGAAUUUUUGGAUUUGGUUAAAUCCUCGAUUUUCUGUGACCUGUUGAAUUUGAGGAUAAUUUGGUCCAGUGCCGAGCUAAUAAUAAUUAUUACUUGUGAAGUGUGUCAUAAGUAGUGAGUGGAUGAAAUGGUAGGGGAUAAUGCUGCAGUGAAAAUAACAAGUAAAUAUUGGUAAUUGGAGGAAAAAAAUAUUGAUUGUUAAGUGAAUGAGCAAGAGAGUGUUUGCACUUGUUGUAGCACAUAAUCACACUUGACAACUAAUAUUGUUUGUAACAGUAAGGUGUAAACAUCAUCACUUACACUAAAAUAGAAAUAAUUACAUGUAGCAAUGUGAUAUUUUUCCUACUUGACCCCUUUUUUUCCCUUUUUCCCCCACUGCGGAGCCUGUUCCCAGGCUAUGUCAUUAAGGAUGCAGUUGAGGAGAACUUUGAAAGUGAUCGUGACUCAUGAUUACUGAAUAUGCGGUACCCUCAUUAGCACUGAAUUGUCACUGUAAAAAAUACCAAAUCAUUUAUGAAAGUGUUUAUAGUUAUUUGUGUACAUGCAUGAGAAACAAUUACUCAUGCAAGAGCGAAUUUAUAUGAAAUGUUCACAUAAAAGUAAUGUUGAAGGUGAUCAGUAUUUCAAUUCUCAAUAUAUAUAAGCUUGUUGAGACAUGGUUGCCAGAGACUGGCAGUCAAAUUUACAUUUUCCCUAACCAAAUGAAUUGACAAUUUGUGCAGAUAUUAAUGAAUUCCAAAUUCCAGUCAAAACUUCGUGUACUGGACACAGAUGAUGUGUUUGUUUUCUGUUCAGGGAAAAUCUGCUUGGUAUGUUUUCAUGGUUUUUUGUUCUUUUGUUUUAUAUGUCAUCGUCUGUGUCUGUUACACAAAGGAUUUUGUUUACCAAUGUAACGCUUCCCUAAACAUGUCACACAUUAUCGGUGUUCUAAACUGUUCAUUGGAAAGUAAAGCUUACUGUAAAACCCAUUGUUGCUCAUGGUGUAAAGGCUGAUCGGCUGUCCCGAGUCCGUUGGAAAGACUUUCUUGACGUGCAUAAUUCUUGCUGCCUAUCGCUGUAUCGAAGAAGAUAAUUUUGACUGACCAUGGAACGAAAUGACCGGAUACCGUCGCUUUUGGAAGCAUCGACAGUCGGUGUUCCCUCUCUUCAUCGGUUUCGUUUACAAUGUAAUUGUAGUAUUUUGUUGCUUCCUCUGUACACGUUUGUGGUCCACAAGCUUAGCGGUCAAACUGCUUACGAGCUUAGCGGUCAAGCGGUCCACAAGCUUAGCAGUCAAGCAGUCCACGAGCUCUUGUGCAUUCAGUGGUCAAUUCAGGGGCACCCAACGAGAAUAUAGUUCAAAACCACUGAAACGUAGUAUUGUUAAACGUAUUUUGGUAUUUGAACAGUAGAUAUAGGCAUAUUUUUAUCCCCUAAAAAUUUUUCAUCUGUCCCAUUUCCUGGUUGAGAGUCUAGUGAUCCGACAAUUACAGGGAUCAAAACUUACCUUUUCGAAAACUUCAGCCAGAAAAAAGGCUCCCGAAAAUUCCAGUUGGGGUAAAAAUUUGUUAAAAAUGGCCAAUUAUACCAUAUUUUAGAUGUUCGAAAAUCCUAGGAGAGGCAGGCAGGCAGGCAAGAAGUUUUACAUAAAAUGUUCCGAAAAUUCUAGAUCUCAAAUCGUCUUCCGAACAGAUAUUUUCCGAAAAUUGACGUUGGGUGCCCCUGUAAAUUCCAUAAGUCCAGGCUCGCAUGGUACUUGGUAGCUUUGUACACAGCUAGGGUCUUCAAGUUUUUCCCUUAGCGUUUGUGUAGCGGUCUGUGCAGCGGUUGUUUUAGCGUCGAGGCAGUCGGUUAACUGUGUGAUCAUUUCAUCUGGCUUCGUCGGUUUACCUAGUUUUCCUCAGAGCAAGCACUGAUGGCUUCUAGGAGUGUUUAGGGGAAGUUUACAAGUUGUCCGCCACGAGCUUAGCAGCCUCUGCCGGUCAACUCACAACUCACAUUGAACGUUUUUGCUUGGUCACAGCUAGGAGUAUCAAAUUGAGCGUUUUUUUUUGUGGCGGUUGCGUUAGCGUGAAGCGGUUGGAAGCGGUUGUUUUAGUGUCCCCCCUCCGCACCCUACCCUCUAUGUCUCCUUCCACUGAUUCAUCAUGUAUCAGUGUGACGGAUGACUGGAAAGGGGGGCCAUGGCUGGCAAAUCCCUGCAACCCAGCCAUGGGAGAGGAUUCUAGGGGCUGGCUGACCACGGUGGAGGCCCCUGGAUACACCAGGCACCCACAUUCCUUCUAGUAUUUUGUAGUAAUAGUUUUAGUAGUACUAUAAAAAUAUUAUAGUCUUUUUUGUACUUUUAGCGUCUGUUUGCGGGUAAGUGUACAACUACUUGUAUUGGCUUUUUUAGAGUUCUUUUGUAGCUUUUAUAAUUUUUUCAUGGCGCGUUGGGGCUGAAUGUUUUGUGGCGUUUACAGCGUUUGUAUUGUUUAUGGAGUGUUUGGGUUGGACUUUGGUGGCGUUCACAGCGUUUGUACCGUUUAUGAGGCGUUCAGGCUGAUUGUGUUUUUGUGCGCUUACAUCGUUAGUAGUGUUUAUGGGGCGUUGGGGUCGGACGUUUGUGGCAUUUUUACAGUGUUUGUAGCUGAGCUGAACAAUAACACAUCCCAUAGAACUCACAAUAACACGGUUUCCUGGUUUAUUCCGCUUCAAUCCGACUCACAAACUCUCACGAAACUCACGAAGUUCUAGCUUACUCAGCACGCACGUGCUCAUUACCUAAUUUGGUAGCCCUAGCCCUAAUUUGGUAGUGCUGCUCAACGUCACAAAACUGUGAGGGAUAGGGUUGGUAAAACUCUCGUACACAACUCCCCUAAAAAUUGUAGCACGCAAUUUUUACAAUCAAACGUAACUUGAAACUAAUCCGAUUUGCUAUAUGACAGUCCGGUUUAUACUCAAACACAGUUCAGUUUAUCAAUUCUCUUCUUCUUGCAAUUGUUCUGUGAUUCUCUGAGCAGCCCUCUGAGCUGCAGCUCGUCUUGGUCUCUGUUCUCCUUCAUCAGCUCGAUCUCUCUCUCCCCUUUGAGAUUGGUCAACAUUCUCCACCGCUCUGAUUUCCAAGGGACAAACUAACUGAAGCGGGCGGUCAAUAGUGUGCCUUUUGUGUAACAAUGUCACCCCUCUAACGACAUCAUCUUUGCCUUUGAUAAGACGCACUACUUUUCCCUUUCUCCAUUCUCUGCGGUUCUUUUCGUCUCCAAUGAUGAGUACAAUUUCUCCCACUUGAGGUAUAGUUCCCGUUUCGUUGUUAAGCCUGUGACUUUCCAUUAGGCUAUGGACAUAUUCCCUUUUCCAGCGUUUCCAUGCAUUGGCCUUAGCAUUUUCCAAUCGUUUGGCCAUCCUUGUUAGCUUCUCUCCAUCUGAGCCUUCGGUGUCUUCUACAGCAUACACAUCUCGUCCCCACAGGAUCAUGUUUGGUGUAAGUACCGCCUCUUCCUCUCUCUCUGCUUCAACAUAUGUCAAGGGGCGAUUGUUCAAAUUUCUUUCGAUGUCCAUGAUGACUGAUUCAAAUGCUUCAUAGGAAAGAUGUGACCUCCCCAAGGUCUUAUGCAAGGUCUUCUUUAUCUCCUUAAUCAAUCUCUCAUAGAUUCCUCCCCACCAGGGUGACUUUGCAAGAUUAAACUGCCAGCGAAUGUUCUCACGUGCUAAGUAAUUCUGCAACUUCUCACUUCUCCUCACUGUCUUGAUCCAGUCUGCUGUAGCCUUACACACUUUGGCUUUAUCCGAGAUGAUGAUGCGAGGUCUUGUUCGUCGCGAAAUAAAGGCAUUCAGCUUACUCUUGAAUUCCUCUGCCGUUUGGGUUCUUGCGACUUCCAAAUGGACCGCUCUGGAGCUGGCACAGGUGAAAAUAAUGACAUAGCACUUUCCUUCUUCUUUCUUACCGACCUUGUACAGCACGGGUCCGGCAAAGUCCACUCCGGUUACUUCAAACGGUCUGCUCCCCUCCGUUCUAUAUUCUGGCAAAGCACUAGUUGAUGGCACUCCAUAAAGUUUGGUGGAGUAUACUUUACAGAUGUUGCAGUUCUUAAUGACCUUCUUCACUUUCGCUCUCAACUUUGGUAUCCACCAGUUCUCUCUCACGCUCGCCAUCGUGUUCGCGACACCAAGAUGCAUGACCUGAUUGUGGACGUGAAGGAUAAGCUUCUCCGCAAGUAGACCACCAGGAAGGUAAAUCGGCCGAUAUCCUUUAAUUCUGCCUUCACACCUGAGAACUCCUGUACAGUUAUCUUUGACCAACUUCCAUCCUGGGGACUUCAGACACGUUUCCUCUGCUUUCUGAACUCGCUUUACCCAGUAGUCACUUGCAGCUGUGAUUUCUUCCGUAACUAAUGGGCCUGACAUCUUCUUUGACUUGCUUCUCGCUUUGCAGUUUCUGAUAAAACGUAACGCCCAUGCUGUUACUCUCAUUAAACGCCAGUAGGUGCUUCUUUCUAACAAGGCAUCCCACUCAUCGAACAUGCGCUCUUGUGUGCGGAGAACUGCUUCUUGGGUGACCUUACUCUCUUCAUCUGUUUCUUUGGUGCUGUUCAGCCUUGGCUGCUCCGGCCACCGCCUUUUGUCCAAGAGCCAAUCCGGACCGGCAAACCAGUUUCCUCUCUCCAUCUUCACAAUGGUUGCCCCUCUACUUCCGAGAUCUGCUAGAUUCAACUCUGAUGGGCAGUACUUCCAAGUGAUGUUCAUUGGACCAGCGGUUUCUGCUAUCUUCUUUACUCUGUUUGAUACAAACACCUUCCAUCCUCUCUCAGGAUUGGUUAUCCAAUAUAGUGCUACCAUACUGUCCAUCCAAAUGUUGAUGGUUUGAAUGGGCCAUUGCUGGAGAGCAGUGCUGAGGUUCUUCGCCAUGUUUACUGCCAUGUGGCCACUCACGAGCUCCAGUCUUGCUAUUGAUGUACUUCUCCUUGAUAUCCGCGACUUUGAGGUCAGAAGUCCUUUGGUCACGCCUGCCUCAUGUUCUACCACCGCAAUAGCUGCUGCACAGCAUGCUAGAAUGCUGGCAUCUGCGAAAAUAUGUAAAUGGACUGCUCCUAUCUCUCCGACAAAUGAAGCAAUACUUCUAGACACCCUCACAUCUUUAAGUUGCUUCGUCCACCUUAACCAUUGGUUCUUCAAUCUAGGGGAAACUUCUGCAUUCCAACCUUUCUUCUCAUCGCAGGCUUCUCGAUAAAUAUGCUUUCCCUCAGCCAUGGUGGGCGAGAUUAUCCCGAGUGGGUCAUAGACAGUUCCUAGGUAACUGAAUAUAGUGCGCUUGGUCACUGGAUGUUCUUGUGAAAAAGGCUUUGCAAGCAGCUCCAAUGUGUCAUCAUCCUUAUUCCACACAUGUCCGAGGAUCUUGCUUGAAUUUGGCAUGCCUUCACUUUCAAGAAACUUGACAUUAGAUUCCCACUUGUGCACCGGAAACCUGGCAGACUCAAGUAUGGCAGUACUCUCUUCUUUGAAUUGCAUGAGUUUCUCUACAUUUCCUCCCGUUUGCAUGAGAUUGUCAACAUAAGUGUUCUCCUUAAGUGCUCUCACUGUCUCUUCAAAUUCUGAACCUUGUUGUUCAAAGUGAUGCUGCAGAGUGGCUCCCAGUAGGAAAGGGCUUGCUUCAACUCCGAAAGGUACACGUGUAAAUCUUAAAUGUUUCUCUGUUCCUUUAUUGUUGAACAAGAAUCUGACUGCAUCUCUAUCCUCCUCCUUCACACCUAUCUGGAGAAACGCCUUUUCUAUGUCUCCAAGGAGCAGACUUGUGGACAUUCGCACUCUAAUCAUUAUGUCCCAAAGGAGCGGCUGCAACGGAGGACCAGUGAACAUGCAAUCAUUGAUGCUGUAGGUCAAAGGCUGGGGCUUAGCACUUGGGUCAAACACCAUGCGAACCUUAGUCGUAACUGCACUCUGCUUUACAAUUGGCUUGUGAGGCAUGUAGAACACACGUUUUCCAGAUGGAAUCUGAGGUGCUUCCUCGAUUACCCCUGCUCUGAGUUGCUCUUCAAUUAUGCCACCAUACUCUCCUUUCAGUUUCUUAUCUCUUGAAAGCUUUCUCUCCACGUUUUCAAGCCGCUUUCUGCUAAGUGCUUUAUUUGUGUUCGUUAAUGUAGCUCCCGGUAUCCAAGGAAUACCAACCUCAUACCUUCCAUCUUGCUUUCUGACAACACUCUCUUUAAAGUCACGCAGAACAUCCAGCUGAUCAUUCUCUCCCCGGUCCUCGACUCCCAGUACAUCCAAACUGUACAGUUUCUCAUAGUCAUUAACCUCUCUCAUGUACAUGCAGCUGCUCCCACUCCCAUAUUCGUCUCCCCCAUGGACCACCCAACCGAACGUUGUCUCCUCUACCAGCGGCUCUCCCGGGUGCCCUUUGAAUGCUCUCUCCGUCCUUAUUCUGCUAUAAACACCGUCUGCGAGAAUGAGGUGUAUCUGAUGUUCUCCUGUGGACGUCAUGUAGAACCGCUUGUCUUGUGUACGUGAGUACUUCAACUUCAGCUGAUUCAUGUCUGGCCUUCUCACUGUAGUAAAAUCAGCUAACUUCGAUCCAGUGAAUUCCACCUCUUCGCAAGACUUCCCGUCCAGGGGCUUAAUAUGGGUGUCAAAGAUUGGCAUUGUCUGGACUUUGGUUCCAUUGACUGUCAAGAUUUCGCGAGUCUCGUGACGUGUCGGUUUCAACUUUACUAACUUGACUGCUUCACGUGAAAUGAAGUUGCGUCCAGAUCCUGUAUCUAGGUAGGCCCAAAGCACUUGCCCCCCAAUACUGACGGGAAUAAUCGCAGGUAGCACUUUCUCCUCUGCAUAAUUGGAGUAGACCGUCAAUGACACUCCAUCUGGAUUACUGCUUUCCCUCUCCGGUCUAUCGCAUAUGCUUCUAUGGUGUUUAUGUUUACACUUGGCGCAGCCACGCCUACGGCACUGGUCUGCUCUGUGGUUUUGCCUUCCACAAUUAAAGCAUAAAUUGUGAUCUAUGAAGAACUUCUUCCUGUCCGCUAAUGCUGUUACUAGGGUACAGUCCUCACUCCAGUGCUCUUGUUUUCGGCAGAAAAGGCAAUAGGGUUUCAGCUUAUCUCCUUGCCUCUGUGAGAACAGAUGUUUUUCGCAUUUGCUACUUUCGACGUGAUUUCUCCUAAGCCACUUCUGCAGAGCAUCAAUCAGGUCUUCCAUGGACCAUUCCUCCCAACUGUCAUCCACUCUCACCAGAUCGGGCUUUACGUGAGGUAACUUGUUGAGCGUAGUCAUAACAAACCCUUGUAACUUUUGGCCUUCUUCGAGGGUUUGAAGCGCGUCAUAGCUCCUACUCAGUUUCUCGUAGAAUUCUUGCACCUUGAAAUAAUUGGAGCCUUUGACUUGGAAUAAAUUAAUGAUUUCUUCCAUGUGCGCAUUCGUGACGACCUUUGUUUGCCCAUAUUCUUUCUUUAGUCGAUCCCACGCUGUCUUGUAACCAACAGUUCCAGGCUUUAAAUUUGCAAUUCUGUCUCUCACCCUCGGGCUAACGGAUUCCAGAAGGUACCCGAAUUUCUCUUCGUCGGAAAUCGACUUCGCAUCAACUUGCGUCAGGAACAUGUUUUCAAAUCUUAUCCAGUCGCCGGCGGUACCCUUGAACGGUGUUAUCUUUAAUUUCGGUAACUUUGUGGUGCUGGAAACAGCUGUUUUCUCCAUUUGUAAUUUCUUUUCUGCCACAAGUAAUUCAGCUUCAAGCUUUUCCUUCCACAACUCACGCUCGUGUUCCUGUUGCUUUUCACGUAACACGUACAAUCGCCGCUCAUCUUCCAACUGUUGCUCCCGCUUCAAAUCUUCUUUUUCUCGCGUAAUUUCUUCCUCUCUAUCAUCUGAACACUUUCUAAGCCUCUCGUUUUCGCUAACAGAUGCUGCAUACUUUGAUUUAAUGUCUUUUCUCCACUGUCUCACCGUCCGAGGCGACAAUCGUCGCUCAAUUCUUAAUUCUUCUGUCUGUGAAAUAAGAUCCGAUAGCUUUGUAAUGAUUUUCACAGCUCGUUUGUUGACUAUUUCCAUCUCCGAAUAAUCCUGAAUUUUGAUCAGUUCAUCUAUCUCCUCCAUGAAGUACUUGACUUUCUCAAUUUCCUUGUCGAUCUCUUUUAUGAGACGUUGUUCUUCGUCGCUCGGUUCUUCGCUGUCGCUCAUGUUUGUUUUGACUCCGAGAAAGGAUCACUUCGCUUCUCAAACUGUCUCGCUAGCGUUGUGUAUUUCUUCCUCGCAUCCUGGUCUCGGCACUAAAAAUGAGCUGAACAAUAACACAGCCCAUAGAACUCACAAUAACACGGUUUCCUGGUUUAUUCCGCUUCAAUCCGACUCACAAACUCUCACGAAACUCGAUGAAAAAACCUCAAAGGAAAACUCGCGCUCACAAUCUUUUCGACUCGUCCAGUUCUAGCUUACUCAGCACGCACGUGCUCAUUACCUAAUUUGGUAGCCCUAGCCCUAAUUUGGUAGUGCUGCUCAACGUCACAAAACUGUGAGGGAUAGGGUUGGUAAAACUCUCGUACAGUAGCGUUUAUGGGGCGUUGGCGCUGUACGUUUGGCACUUAGGUCUUGUUUAGCCUUUGUAUGUUUCUACGUGUUCAGCGUACGUGGGUGCCUCCGGGUUCUCCCAUCCAUGAGCCCCCUCUCUCCGAACUUGGCGUUCAGCUCGGAGGUCCCUUCGGCUUGGCUUGGGGGCUCAUAGCUGGUGGGCGCGGGUUUGCCAGCCGUGGGGGCGUAACUCUGUCUUGGGGCUGGCUGUGCCAAAAGUGGAAGCCCCUGAACAUCCUGGGCACUCACCUCCACUAAGCGACGCAGUUGUUAACUGGUAAUAAUUAUUGCAUUUUUUUAGGCAUCCAAAGUGGAGUUACAUAAAAGUGAGACUUUUCAAUUUGGAAAUGUAAAUCCUAAACCUAACAUCGACGACUCAAAUGGUCCCCUUAAAGAAGCUGUUAAUUCAUUAGUAUGUGAAAGUGACCGUGAAUUGGGCAAAGCAAAGAAAAACGUACCAGUAGAAGAGCAGCAAAAGUCUUCAAGUACGAUCAGGUGAGCCACAACUUGUUUGUUUGUUUUUUUUCCCCAGCCUAUUAAUUUUUCAUAAUACAUAGAGUUUGUGCUUCUUUUUGUCUCAAAGGACACAAUACAUGCACACGUUCUAGUGAGGGAUCGAUGCUGUGAAUAGCACAGUGUACAAGGCAAUUAGUGAUUUACACUUUGUAUACCAGUGGCCUGAUGUGUUAUCAUUUACCCAUGUAGACUUACUUCAAGACUACUGGUCUGUUUGUCGGCACGGUUUCAGGAUUGAAAGAGAUGAUUUUUGCAAGUUUGCAGAUACUCUUCAAAAAGUACAUGACAUGCAUUGAGCAAUAUUUUUGGAGUAUUCUUGCAUUUCGUCCGUUCCUUCUGUUCAGAAAUUCGGCUCUUUCGUCUUCAGAUAGCCAUGAACUCUUUCAACAUUUGUUUGAGUUCACUAAUGCACAAACAGCUAGUCUGCCGCGCCACUGCUUUGUUGGGGCAAUAACCCUUUGAAUCGGUUGGUUAUUGCCUACAGCUUGAAAAUAUGGUCAGCCACAGCUGGUUAUAAAGAAUAGCUGGGGGGAUUGGAGCCAAUCAGAAACGGCGAAAUAUUUUGAAUAAGUAAUUAUGGGAAUUAUUGGUGUACCUUAACAAUAGCUAACAACAGCCUUUUACCUGUAUACAGCUCACGCAUACAGGUGAUCGUUGACCAUGACUACCUUGGACCACUGUGUUUGCAGUUCUCCAGCAUGCCAACAGUUGCUGAUGUGAAAAGCGAAAUAACACAGAGAACAGGCCUCCCAAUAAAAGACCAAUUGCUCUACUUCAACGGUAUAAAGGUAUCUAAUCCCUACAAUGAGUUUUUGCAAUUUCUAUUUAUUUCUUCCUGAAUAUUGUUUUGCUUUUUCUUGUCAUUCCAUAUUUUUGUUAUUUUAUGGUUUACAUUUAGUUUCUUUAAAUAAUAGAGAUUUAGCGUCACGCUUACGGCAAACGGCAUACGUCAGAUUCAAGUUGAGAAUUUCUCAAAAUGGAAAAUGAACAGAUAAAAACGGUCCAAAACAAUUCUUAUAAAUAAAACUACAGGUAGCAUGAAACUACUAUUUUGUGUCAAAGUAAUUAACAGUAAAAGAAAAGUAAAGAAGAAAACUUGGUCACGUGGUACAAAUUAACGUGACUCUAAAUCUCUCUAUUGUUGAAUAAUAUCAACUUAGCCUUUGGCGAAUAAUAAUCGUUAAAAAGUGUAGGCUGUGAACUAAUGGCCUCUUCAUUGGUACUAUUGGACUGGCAAUACACUUUUCGAAAAUUCAUCAUGAUCAUGAUGUUUAGAUUCCUGGAUUCUAUAAUGGAAUAUAGAGUUGUUUGAUCAUAAUUCAGUCUUCUUUAACAUUUAAGUUAAGUGACAGUAUUGGCUUGAGGUCCCUCCUUGAUGAAAAUGAUGGAGUAACGCUGGUGUUGUAUGCAGGUUCCCUCAAGGGCGGAGGUAAGAAUUGGUCAUUACAAUACCUUGCUAAAAAUAUAUGCAUUGAUUGCAUCAGGGUUAAUAUUCCUGCGACUCUUAAAUCAUAGAAUUAGCAUCGUAAGAAAAACGACCCAAUUUUAGUCUUAUAAUUACAAUCCAGUUUUAAUUGCAUCCGCAUUUAGGUUUUCUUGUAUUUUCCAUCUUGAAUCGUUAACUUACCAGGUAAAAGACUGGGGGUCCAUUUAUUUAUUACCUUGAAAAUAUACUUUAAGCAUGAAACUCAGAAACGUUCAGUUUAAAUUCCUUCACAGAAGAAUUGCGACCAAUGUAUUUUUAUUUACGAUUCAAGCUGCAGAUACCGAUCACUGUUGCUUUUUUCAAGUAACCCAAGGAACGCUCAUUCACUUCUUUUAGGAUUGUCCCGUGACAAGAGCUUUUUGGAGCAAUGUCAAAGAUUUCUUGGCUUCAGUUAAUUUGAUGGAAGCCUCUGGCGUUUUGGAAAAAAAAUUAAACGUUAGGUCUUACAGGAAAAGGAGACAUUUUAGUUAGUCAUUGUCUACUCUUGGCUUGGUUUUAUAUCUUUAGUUGCAAAUACAAAAGCUCAAAACCAUCUAUUGUGGAGUAAAUUUAUUAAGUUAAAGACAACUUUAUAAUUGAAAAACAAAUUUCAAUUAUUAAAGAAAGGUGGAAAAAAUUAUUCAGAAAAAGGAUUUAUUCUCGAGUGAACUCGAAAAAAAAAAUCCAAUAUGAACAGAUUCCAAAGAACAAAAGAAAGCAACUUUGCUAUCAAUUUUUUAAUUAAUUUUUUUUUUAAUUUUUCGUUUUAAGUGACCGUAGUUAAUAAGUAUCUAUGUGAGAAGCAGAAACGGAAGGGAAACGGUUUGGACGAUAAUCAAAGCUUGGUAGAUAACUUUUCAUUGUGUUGUGUAACCAGGUUGACUGAAUUUCCAGAUUAAACAUUGUUAAUGCCCCGGUGAAAUAUAAAUACGCAAAAGUAUCGUAAAGUACAAAGAAUCUUGCACAAACUGAAACAUUAGAUUCGAAAGUAAUGACUAUGUCCUAUUUUAAAACAUUUAGCCCCUCCCAAAAGCCAUCCAGGUGAAGGUGGUGCAAGAGCUAAACAAGAUUCAUCCAAUUCAAAACAAGGUAAGGAGAAUGGUACACAACUCCCACGAUACCCGCGGACUCCCCCAUAGCCUGCGUAGCAUGGCGGUUUUGGUUGGGCGCGCUAAGAAAUGAAGGCUGGCUAGGACAGAGAAACCGCGAGGAUUGGGGUGGGAGCAACUUGAAGGGGUGGGAGCAACUUAUUUUUCUCGCGGCUACGCCGCUCCUUCGCCCGGCUCGACAAAACCGCCAUGCUACGCAGGCUAACUCCCCCAUAAAAGGCCUGCAACUCAUGCAACCAUUCAUCAAAGUGCUUUUGUCAAAAAGUGGAAAGAAACAAAUCAAACUGCGAUUUGUAAUGGAUCAGCUAAUAGAGUAAAGGGUUUAUUAUCAUAUUGUUCAGAAACCUAGGAAGACAUUUCGGGUUGCAUAUAAAACGCUACAGUUAUCGGCUGAUACGGAGUAUAAACAAGAUGGGAUAACAUAACAUACCAUACUAAAGUAAAAAAGCAAGGCUGGCUUGUGUGAAUCUAUGACAAUGUUUAUUUUACUUUGUAGAAAGCUCAGAAGUAAGCCAAGUUGAGGGUGCUGUUGGAGGUGAAAGUAUGUUUUAAAAAGUCUUAAUGUCCGCAUAAAGGUCAAAAUUACUUGUUACAUUUAAUAAGCAUAGUAUGCAACAAUAUUGUAAUAUAAGGCGGAUUUUAUCAAGAAGAGCUGUUAAAUUUGGAGAUAGGUCGUUAAACUUAAUGACCAAAAGCCGAAUUUUAUGGCUAUAUCAAUCUUAAACAAAGGAAAACGUUGUCAUACAUCUGUACAGUAUGUUGCCCAGUAUCCGGACGCUACCAGUAUCCGGACACUUGAAACAAAAACUCAAUUUUUGAGGCGCCCUUUUCAGUUCUCGGUAAACGAAGUAUUUCGAAUGAAAGCUAAACAUUUCAGCUUUAAGAUGAAAGUUUUGGCGAUUUCAAAGCUUGCGAAACAGUCGCAGGAGACGCCGUUCUGUUCAGGUGAGUAAACUUUUCAUGCCUAAUAUUUACGCUGUUUACUGCGCAGUAAAAUCAGUGCUGCUCAGAAAAGGGAGGGUAAUGUGUGAUAUUUUCAAAGAAAAUGUUUUAUUUUUUAACAAAGGAAAGUUAUUGAAAUCUUAAACUGAAGUGUCCGGAUACUGGGUGACAUACUGUACAGUUUAAGCUUUUCAUUACGCGAAACAAAGGCGACCCUUUUAGUGCAACUGAGAAUGUGGACUUUUAUUAAGUUUCUUAAUUGUCCGAAACUCAUGUCAUAUCCUUAAGGAAAAAUUUUCCCUCGUUACUUUUCCGUCAAUAGUUAACAGCUUUAAUAAGGGAGUUUGCGAACCAUUUUGUUUUUAACCCCGACAUUUUUUUCAGGCAUAAAGUUAAUGGAAAAUUGGAACAGUCAAGAAACAGCGGAAUGGCUUUAUCAAAUUGGGCUAGAUGAAAAGUAUGCCUCGGUUUGUGUAAAGCAAGCAAUCAGUGGAAGGGCAUUGUUGUUGCUAGCUAGUAAAAGUGUCGAUCAGCUUGCCUCCGUUUUUCAGCUGAAACGGGGACCACGGAGUAUUCUCAUGGAUAACCUUCAACCACAUCUGGAUGGAUUUGACAAGAAUGUACCCCAUACGGCUCGCAUUUCAUUUCAGAUGUUAAAUGCUUGGAGUGUUGAUGAACUCUGCAAUUGGCUUCAGGAACUCAGCAUUCCAGAAGAAAACUUGAGUGAAGUACAGCAGGAGGAAAUUAAUGGUAAGGCAUUUUUGGUUUUGAGAAAAUCUGGAGAACUAGAGGAAUGUUUAAAACUAAAAGCUGGCUCCUGGGUUGUUCUUGAACACGAGCUAAUGCUACAUUUGCAAAAUAGCAGUGAUAGGGAAAGUGGAACAAACACAACUUUGGCUACGCCUGAAAAACCCCACGUGGUACCAAGACGUAUUUGGAACAAUGCCAAAAAACAAAUGGACGGAAGUCAAGAACUGCAGUUGGAGGACCAUUCCUCCAUGAAAGCCGAAAUAACUUCUGCAGUGGCUGCAUCUAAAAAACCCUACGUGGCACCAAAACGUGAUUGGAACACAGCCAAGUCGGAAAAAAUGGAGCAAAAUCAAGAACUGAAGAGGGAGGACGAUAUGACCACCGAAAUCUCCUUUGAAGAAAACGCUAAAAUUGCCAUGUCCACUAAAAAAAUGGACGAAAUUAAAGAACCUCAGGUCGGCAAUGAUACCUCCACCAACGACAUCUUUGGAGCAAACCGUAAAGUUUUUCCAUCCACAAAACAAACGGUUGCGACUAAAGAACCAUGUGCUUCCGAGGAUACCUCCGGCAACAUCUUAGAAACAGACCACAAAGGUGCCUUCUCUACAAAACAAACGGGCGAAGUUAAAGAACCUCUGGCAGCUAGCGAUCUCUCCACGAAGAACGUAAGUGAAUCAAAAUCUAAAGGUGCCUUGUCCACAAGUGAAAAGCUGUUGCUGUUUCAGAAUGCUCUGAAACUGGACAUUGAAGCUUCAACUAAUUCUGAAGACUUGGAGGAAUGCUUUGUACGGUCGAUUUUCGCCAAGAGGGGCGGAGGUGCCAAUGCUCUUGAACGGUUGUUCAAUUUCGUCGUCAUAACUAAAGAAGAGAUGACAAUCGACAAACGACGAACGCUGUGGUCCAGGAUUAUCGAAAAAACAUCAGACUGGAUAACUCUGCUACGUAAAGAUGACCAGCAGUCUUUUCAGUGGGACAGUGGGUGUGAUUCCUUCGUCUAUUUGCCUACUAAAGAAAGGGUGUCUUUACGGGCGGAUAAGAAUGUGGGUCAAAUAUUCCUUGAAAAACUCUCGGCCAAUGAAUUGAAGCAAAGUGUGUUUGUGCUGUUGGUCGAUAAGCAAUUGAUAAAAGAGAAGGAAACUUACUCGUACUUAUUUUUUCUGGAGAAAAAAAGCAGGUUUUCCUUUAAAGUUCGAUUGAAUGCAAAAGAAAGCGGUUAUCACGCUUCUUUUGACCCAAACAGUAGGGGUCAAAAUCUUACAUGGAGUAAGCACUUCAGAGGUUGUAAAACGAAUGCCUCAUUUAAGAGUGUUGUAAGCACAACACCUCAAUUUGAUAAGGAACCAUUACCGGCUCCCGAUUUCCCUCAAUACCAGACUCCAAGACCCUUUGCCUCGGAUUUUGAAAACAAUUAUUAUAAUGAGGGCUAUAUUCUUCCCUUCUGGGAGAAUGGCUCCCAAGACCUGAUCAAACCAGCGCAUGAAUUUAAACUCCUUCGAACUGGCGCCCACAGUUCUGAAAAAGACAGUAUGGUCAAAUUUGUGUUUGAGACAAUGAGAUUUGCUUGUGGCUGCCUUAACAAAAGAACAAACGGAACAAUACACUUUGGCGUUGCUGAUGAGAUGGAAGGCCAAACAUGUGGUUACCAAACGAGAGAAAUUGUUGGCACCUUGGUUAUUGUUAAACCCCGUUACAAAGAUAAGCUUACAGAGUUUAUUAACAAAUGCUUUGUGGGUGACAGUAAAAGCAAUGUCCACAACUGCAUUAGAGAUCCAGUCUUCAUUCCAGUAAAAUGUGAUGCAGGACGGCCUUCUACUAACAGAGUGGUAAUUGAAGUCGACAUCGAGCCUAGAUAUUCUUUCUGUGAAGGUGAAACGUUUAAAGCUGGGUUUAAAAGCCUUGGUAAAGAGAAAGAGGAACCUUUAGCUUACGUAAGGCAUGGUUCACAGACAGAGGCAAUAGUUGAAGUAGAAAAAAUGGAAGAAUACAUAAAACUUCGUCCCAGGUUGGAUGAAGAGAGAAAGAGGCGUGAACAAGAACAGGGUGUUUUGGAAAAACCGAAUGACAUUAAACACCUUCACGCUAAACUGAAAAGGCUAUUGUGUGCUAAUAAGUCUGUUUUAGAUUGCUCUGUGUAUCCCAUCUUAGUUCUAAGUAAACCAGAUGCCAAAAUGACUCAAGAGUACCUGAAAGAAACAUUCUCUUUUAUCAAAAAUAUAAAAUGGCAGGUUAUCAUUGACUUUGAUGACCAGGGAUCAGCUAAGAAAGGUCUUUGUGAAGUAUAUAAGGGCAGCCUAGAUUCCUGGAACUGUGACAUACAUGAGGCCGAGGAUUACGAUGAAAGCGAGGAUGCAAUUGAAAGUAUAGAUUUUAAGACUCACUGGAUAUUUGGAAAUGGUUAUGCGGAGCUUGGUAAAGAGGCACUGGGAUUCAAGCAGUGGAACAAUUCUAAACGUAAACGAGGAUUGAGCUUUGUUAUUCAGUCAUUAGCCAAGAGGAUCCCAAAGUUAAGGCCAGUAGUCGUGUUUAUGUUGCUCUCACGGGAGUAUGAGCCAAUGGCAGAUACUUUUAAAGACUUCUGUACCUAUUUUGAUGGUCCGAAUCACUUAGUUUAUGCUGCGGAAAGCUCUGAUAUUGUUGUAAAUUGGGUAGGGAAACUCUCAAGUACUUGUUUAGAGGAACAUGAACUUCGAGAAAGAGGUGUUGUCGGAAUGGCAUGGAGUGAAUUCAAAGAGAGUAUGCAGCAGAUGGUUGGAGGAAUUGAUCGGCAGCAGCGUUAUGUAACCAUGGCCACUGGGACUCCAUUUCCUUUAGACAAUGUCACGUUCAACAAUAUCAGUAUUUUGAGUGCCAAGGAAUGCGAAGAAUUGCGCGAUUUAAGCCCCCCAGAGCGACUGACGAUUUCAUCGAAGGUAGAACUUGAUUUCUAUAGAGGAUAUCCUGUGACCUGGAUGAAUUUUUGGUUUACUGAAGAGGGAAAGAAUCAUGUUCUUCGCCGGAAAAACUUUACAGAUUUAAAAGCGUUAAUAGAAAAGAUGUACCGACGAGGACCGGAGGGAAAAGUCCAAACAGUUACUAUUUAUCACCAGAUAGGAGCAGGAGCUAGUACUAUGUGUCGGCAAGCAUUGUGGGAGUUUCGCUGCAACUCAAAUUUUCCAUACCGUUGUGCUGUAAUCACUAAAAUAGAUGACAGUACUUGUAAAGAGAUUCUGCGUCUUAGGAAAGUAGGUUACAGCGACGAGAGUGUAGGCUCUCUACCACCCGUCCUGGCACUGGUUGAAGAUACUGAAGAUUUCUUGUUUCGAGAGUUGCGAUCACAAGUUGUAGAGCAUGCUAACAAACUUCCUAGGACUGAAUGGCCAGUGUGCGUCUUUCUAUUCUGCAAACCAACACAACAACCAUACAAAUGUCACGACAAAGAAAAGGAUACGAGUGUGUAUCUCGAGCAGCAAUUAAGCCCAGAGGAGGUGGACUGGUUUAAAGACAAGUACACCGAAAUGAAAGGACAUUACAACGAUCCACAACAUGACUUUGAAACUUACGCAAACGAGAACUUGAUUUCUUUCAUGAUUAUGAAAGAGAACUUUAAUCGAGUUUAUGUAUCAAGCAUUGUUGAAAGAAACUUAUGCCAUGUGACGAAGGACGAAUUAACACUCCUGCAAUACACAUCCCUUCUCAACAUUUACAAUCCUUACCCUGUGUUUACCUGUUGCUUUGACAAUAUCAUGUUGUCUGCUAGCUUUCUACGGAAAAAGUUCUUCAGAGAUUGGGUGGAAGAUCUCACCCACUCAGCUCGAAUUUUCUUGCGAGAGAUGGACUGCAGCACACACCUCGGGACAGGAAAAGCUAUCGCUGUUGUCCACCCAAUCAUUGCGGGUGAGUUACUAGAUCAAAUAGCUGUGAAGAGAGAGACCACUGUGAGCCAAAUAGCCCUGGACCUUUUGAAAUCACCCUUGUUAGAACAAGAAGGGAAGUCUUUUACCUCAACGCACUUGUAUGAUGCUGCGAACAGAAUGCUGAAACAUAGAAAAAAAUACGAGUAUGGCGAUGACAUUCAGACUAAAUUCUCACCGUUGAUUGAAAAGAUUUUGUACGUAAAAGAAACCGAAGAUGGACAAAAGAAACCCACUGAAGAAAGUAUAGAUCAGGCGACAAAAGUACUCAUUGAAGGACUAGAUAAAUUUAGGGAUCCCAUGCUCGCUCAGCAGCUAGCCAGAGUAUUUUAUCUUAACGCUGCAGCAUUUUCGGAAUCAACAGUGGACUCAUGCUUUCACAAGGCAUUAGAGUUUUGCGACACUGCAAUUAAGAUGAGCCCAAAUAACUCAUUUCUCUUUGAUACCAAGGGAAGAAUUUAUGAAAGUAAAAUAAAAGUUUUGUAUGGUUCAGUACGCAAGGGUAAUAGGUUAAUAGAUAUACCAUCUGCUACGCAAGUACUUCCGCUGGCUUUUGAUGCAAUGAAGUGGUUUCAAAAAUCGAUAGCAGCAUCGGUGGAAUAUCAAAAUAAUUAUGGUUUUCAUGGGGAGCUUUCUGUGAUGUUCUACUUGCUUGAUGUUCUUCGAUGUGUGACGAUCUUCAGGGAGAAGGAGGGCCAGAAAAAGUUGCAAGCAUAUCUCGCUUUUUGUCAGGUCAUACCAGACGAAGUGCAAGCAGCUUGGAAAGAGUAUCAUGAAUCUAUUCGGCAGCUGAGGAAUAGGUUCAGUCACUGCAUAGAGGGACUUGCGGAAGACUUCGCCAUUUACAAACGGAAUCGUAUAGAGGAAAGAGGACUACCCAAUCAAAUUGCUAUUUUCAAGAAGCAGUAUCAUAGUUACUUUGGUGAAGGUGACGUUAAGUGGAAUAAUGAAAUUCCAGAGGAGCGCUGGGAGUACAGAUGGCGUAAAAUCAAUCAAUAUCUUACUGGUGAUAUUUUCUCUAGCGUUUUUUCGAUUCACUGGGCUAAAACCAAGGAGGAUUCGAAGACACCAAAGGAAACACUGCAGCUUCUUAAAAGGCUAGCUAUUGAAAACUAUCGCGAGCCUGUACAAAGUAUGCGUUAUAAGGACAUGCUGCUCAUCAUAUCAUCGAGCAUGGCUCUCCACUCUCCAUAUGGAUCUAAUUCAAAGCUUAAACCAAAGCAACUGGUGGAGGAGUAUAGGGAAAUAUACAGUUUUGUUGAAAAAUUGUUUACACUAGAAGAAUGCAACGAAGGGUCUCUAAGGCUUUACGCUCAUUUAUUUAAAGUAAUGUUCCUGUGGCCGCGGAAAGAUUUACCGACGGAGUUGAGCAGCUAUGGCGUGCAAGACUUUUACGAUGCAAAGAAAAGCUUGAAAGAGAGGUGGGAAAGAAAAUGCCAGGGACAUUUUGAUCUAGACAAGAUGCAUAAGCAAAAGGUUUAUAAGUACAUGUCAUUUAAGAAAGAUACCAGGCAGUAUACGACACUUUUUUACCUGGGUAAAGGCUCUGGGUUAGAUGUUUUUGUUCAUAUAAAUGAACUUACUGAAAAAGGCUCUCUAGGCCGGGAGGGUCCAAAGGUAAAACAGAGACUUAAACGGCUUACGGGAAUAGUGGAAAGUAGAAAUAUCAUCAGAAUGAAGAACCCUCUGGACUCGAGUAGAACAAUUGACAUUUACUUUUCUACAUUUCGCCAAGGAGGUUUUUCCAAGGAGGAAGUGUCCUUCUACUUAGGCUUCAGCUGGCCCCAACCUAUCGCUUUAGAUGUCAAAUACAUUCAUUCAGAACAUGCAAAAUGCUCCGAGGAGUCCAUUGGUCAGGUUUUGGGCGAUCAAUACAAGUUUGUUGUACCUGUACCUAAAUAUAAUGUUGUGACGUAUGAGGAAUACACUUCCAGUAUGAACAAACUAACAAGGAAACUUACAGAUAUUGAGGUCUUGAAGAAGAAGAUGGAAAACGGCCAAGAACUGGAGGAAAAUCAGGUACCUACCCGCUUGUCUAAUUUUUUAGACUUGUUAAAACAGUUCGCUUCAUUUGUCAAAGCGUGUCAAGUUUUGACCAGCUUUUGUCUAGUCUAGAUGGUUGACCUGUCUGCACUUUCUAUCUUUGAUUGCAACCGUUGAUACAAAAAAAGGGCAUAGAUCCAACAGACAACCUGGGGUACUUACCAUUUACAUGGGAAAACCGGAAAUUCCGGUUGGACAAUCAAAUGGUUCGCUCCAUUCCGUUUGGGAAGACUCACACUGAAUUAUGGGCUGCGUUUUGAGGGGAUGCAAUGUUUCUACUCCUUUUACUCUGUUCAGCUGAGUUAGUUAUAUUUUGUAGCGGAUCGUUCUCCAACCACGUCAAAUUUUAUAGUGUUAUGUUUAUGCUUAAGAUUUCUAUAUCCGGAUGGUUUGUGUAAAUGGUAAGCACGCCUGGUUUCUGGACGAUUUUGUUUCACAACUUUAAAGAAGGCCAAGAGUAGCGAAAAAAAUGGAUUUGUCACCAAUUCCUCUUUUUUGCACUGUUUUCGGUUAAUUAGCAUAAGAAUGGCUAAAAUGAGUUUUGCAACAAUAAGGGCAUAUUUUCCAACUAAUCGGAUGAUUAAGCAGCUUUUUUUGUUUUUGAGCAUGCGCAUAAGCCAAAAUUUGGACUCUUUGCGAAACUAUUUUGAUUUUCCUUUUUACCUCUCUUUUCUGCCUUUGCCUUUUUAUAUUCAAUUUUCUUGCCAUUUUAUCGUAUUUCUUUUGCAUGGAAUUGUGGCUGGCCAACUUUUUAGGAAAGCCGGGACCAAUUUAAUCUACAAAGUGUUGUAGGUACUACAAAUGGCGAAAUUGCAAGUGGCAGUGGAUUUUUCCCCAAAAUGUUACUUGGUUUUUUGCUCCUAGCUCUGUCAUGAUUGGUCAGAAUUUCCAAAACGAAGCAUCGUUACAAAAGAUCUAUUCUAUCUGUUAGCCACAACCUAAUAGCCUCCCACGCAGACGUUCUUAUGGGUUCGUCGCGAGUACCUGCCCAUACCCGUUAGUGGGGCAGGAGCGCGUGACGAACCCCUAAGAACGUCUGCAGGGGAGGCUACAACCUAAUAGCUUAAACUGAAAGCUUUCAUGGGAAUCGAACCUUGAGCUUUGCGAUCACUAGAAAAGCUUUGUGUUCCAGUCCUCGCAAAGCGAUAUUACUAUAUGGUUCUUUGAAAUCAUAACUUUGUGGAUCAAAUUUGCCAUUGAUUUGAUCUGAAGUUCACAUAUAUGAUUUAUUUUAUGCAUCCACAUUGCUGGCGUCGUCGAGUAUACUACGAACCCGCUCUGUGGUUGGCUUGAUCAGCUCAGUUGGAUAGGUCUCAUUUUCUUGGUUUUGGAAUACCAAGGACACAAAGCAUUUGUCGUUACUUGUUUUCAAGGAGGAAUUGAGAAAGAUUGGUGGUAAAUCCCAUUUCAAAUUUUUACCUUUUUGUCUUACCACAGAAAAAGAAGCUUAGCAAAGAAGGGGAAAUAAAACAAAAACUUCAAGAGUUAGGGAAGAGCCUUGAUGCCCUGCUUGACAUCGAGGAAGAAUUCUUUAGCUAGGACGAAAGUAAGUUUACAACAAAGAGGAAUUUAUUGUUGCAAGCCUUCACUUGUUUGGUGAGGAUUCUGCUUUGUAAACCUAAAUAAGGUAGAAAUAAGAGGACUUCCUUUUUUGGGACUGCGAUGAUUGGCUGUUUGAACGGUCUGUUUUGUUGCCUGAUCAGACAUCAUUAAUGUUGUAAUUCAACACACCGCUGAGGUAACCGUUUUGUAAUAACAGUUUUCUCAGUUCAUCCAAAGAACAACUAAAAAGAGGAUGACGAACAAUUCGGAGACAACGAAAAGUAAAGGGUUCGGAUAAGGUUUAUCUCGUAUUUUCGGGGUGUGAAAGAGGCCCAUUUAGUGUAAAGGCCAGUAAACGUUUUCCUUCGGUAAAUUGACGUUGAAAAGCUAGGCGUGGUUGUUUUGUUUGAUGACUUUGUCUAAGAAAGAGAUCGCGUUGUUCUCCUCAAAUUCAACGCUGGAUAUGAUAUUCGCCUGACAGCUAUUGAGGUAGUGCGGAAACUGAUUUGCCGCGUUGUCGUUGUUGUCAAACAAGGUGAAAGUGUCGUCAGCAUAUCGAAACCAAAUAGAUGGCGGAAUGUUAUUGCUGAGUACCCAUUUCUCCCCAAAAUGGCACAUGAAGAUGUUGGCUAAAAUAGGAUCUUAUGGGGAGCCAAUUGCCACAUCAUCAAUCUGGUCGUAAUAUUGGCCAUCAAAUAUGAAAUCGCUCUUUUUUGUGGCAUACUCGAAAAAAAACUUUUAAGACUGAUCAGGGCAGUGUUGGCGCAUCAGGAAGAGCGUAUAGCUUGUAAACGCAAAUUUGUAUUGUGUCAUCAAGAGCAACGUUUGUAAUUAAGGAACUGACGUCAAAGGAGCACAUCACUUCAUUGUUAUGUUUAUACGUCUUGUCCUAAUCCGCAAAAUUAAAGCAGUCCUUGGUUGUGAACUGGUUAGUGGAAAUGUGCUGGAGAAUAUGAACAAGAUAUGAUGCCAAAUUAUAGUUUUAGGUGUUUAGAGAAGAAAAAAUAGGGCGAAAAGGGCAACCAGAUUUAUGAACCUUAGGAAGGCCAUAAAGAACACCAUGAGAGGAACCACAUGGCAAUAUCUUCUGCAGGGUGGCAUCGUCAAUGACGUUAUUCCUUUUGUGAAUUUGUGAAGAUAAGAUGUUAAACUGUCUUCUCUAGAUAUCGUCGGGUUAUGCCUUGAACUUUGUGCCAUCAGAAUCAACUGUUUCAUUUUAUUUAUUCAAGUAAUCAGGCUCAUUGAAGAUUACACGUCCCUUUCCUUUGUCAGGUUUUGUGAUUAUAGUGCUGUCGUAUUUUCGCAAAACGUUCAAGGCUUUCCGUUCAUAUUUGUUGAGAAUGUUCUUUUGUUUUGAGAAAACAUGCGUAGAAUGAUGUAACGGUAAGACAUAUUUCAGUUGACAUUUCAGUCUGUAUUCGUUAUCACAAAACUGCAAUCACCCUAGCUGGCCAACACGGAUUUCUCGGACUCUGUUAAAACCCGAUGUGAAUGAUUAAAGAUUAAGUCAUCAUUGCUAACGUUUGACAAGAGAGGCAUUCCGUGUUUCCGUUUCAACUUAUUAGAUUUUGCUUCAAGUUUAUGUGAGAAGCGACCCUUCUUCAGUUUUAUUAUUAUCACUUUUAUUUUCAUCAUUUAAUAAUAAUAAUAAUAAUGAUAAUAAUAAUAAUAGUAAUAGUAUAAUUAUUACAGUGGAGUUGCCUUAGUCGCCUACGCUCAGUCGUUUUUUGUGUCGUCACGCAAUGUUCCCCCCUCUCUUCGCUCCUUGCCGCUGACGAAACGUCCCUAGCGGAGCCGCCAGUGCGAGCCGGCCAAGUCGGCGAAAAUUAUGGGGCGUGGUCAAGAGUUUCCUCGCAGGCUACCCUUUGUGGGGAAAAGAUUUGCGUGACGGCACGAAAAGCGGCUGCGAACGAGACAAAGGUUGCCUUUAAUACUUUAGAGUCAUUACUGGGUAUUGCUGUUUGAAACUUGACCUUGUGUACCUAUUUAAUUUGCUUGUUGCUUGCAGAUGAAAGGCUGCAGCAGUUGUGGGGGAAUGCCGUUGCUUCAGAAGAAUCAACGUACUUAUACACUGGAUGAAAAAACAGAUUUGAAAUGAGAUAAAUGUGGGACAAAUGUGGGACAAAUAUAAAAUUUGUCAUAUUUGUUCACAUUUGUGCAAAGCACAAAUUAUACAUUUGUCUUUAAGACAAAUAGGAUAAUGAUGCAUUUGCUAUCUAAGACAAAUGUGAACAAAUGCUGUGUAAAUGUAGGACAAAUUUAACAUUUGCUUUGUGACAAAUGCAGAUAAAUGAGCCAAACUGCAAACAAAUGUGUUCAAACUUUGUCAAAUAACAUAUUUGUAUGGACAAAUAUAGAGCAAAUUUUAUAUUGUAAAGUGAGCGUGCCAGGCUAGUACACACGUACUACCCUUCUCUCUUUUCUUCCCUGGCAUCUACCCCUUUAUUGCUUCUUGCAAUUUGCACUUAACACUAGCUUUCAACCUUUCUUUAAAGUGGACUAAUGCUGCAGAAGUUCAUUCAACUCAACUAGGACAGGUUGAAAGACCAUCAGUUCGAUCCCUUUCCCCCUCAUUUAUCACAACCCUUGCCUGAAAAACCCUGAUAUAACGAAGACACUGCUAAAACAGUAACAAUCUUCAUUGCACUUCGUUCCUUGAAACUUCUUAAAUAUCAGAGUUCCACUGUAAAGGGUGCAAGGUGAUUACAGUAUUUAAAGAAAAAUGACUCAAGAAUUUUAACUGACAAUUCUCAUUUAUUUCACAUAGCUUGUCCUGAUCUUACAAUUAACUGUAAAACAAAACUAAAACAUUAAGUUUAACAAGUGUCAGUUCAUUUCAGGAUGACCAAGUCAAAAGACUUAAUUAGGUAGAUAAAUAAACAGAAAGUGACCAAGUUGGGAUUGCAAAAAUCACUUUUUUUCCAAAGUGACGGAAAUGGGGUCUAUAAUAUGGCCACAGAGUAGACUAUCGGUAUACAGUAAUGGGAUAGGGAUACUGAGAGGCCAGCAGCACAUACCCAGUAAAAUUUAACCAUGAAAUAAAACUUUCCCUUCAGGUACCAUUGGUACAACAUCCAACAAAGUGUAUCUUUAGUUAAUUACCACAGGAAAGAUAACAAUCUUCAUUGCACGUAGUUCGACUGUUAUUAGAGUAUGUAAUUUUAAAUAAUAGCUAUUAAAAACACCUCUGUUAAGUGGACACCUUGAGAUGGUCCCUGUUUCUCUUUAUAACUCACUCUAUUUGGAUCUCUAUAAGACGGAUAUACCGAAUCAGUAGUGCUGGUCCCAAAGGUGUCCAUCUUAAAGAGAGUUGACUGUCCAGACAAAAUAUUCUUAUUUCUUAUAUUAAAAAUAUAUCUUAAUGCACUUUAGGAAAUACCAAUAACAAAAAGCAAAUGCCUCACAAUUGCCAAGGUUUGUUUGGUGGGCUAUUGAUACUUGCCAAAGGUAACAAAACUAAUGAAAUAGAUGACUUCUGGAGUGACUGCUAGAGGGUUUAAUUUACAUUUGUCAUUAAUCAAUAAUGCUACAAAGACUUGACUAAAAUUUGGUAAACAGCAAAAAUUUCACAUAUCAUAAUAUAUUUUUGUAAACGCAUCUUACUGAUAGCUUGAGAAUUUGCAAAGUAAUCAAAGACUAUACCAUUUGCACUCUUCAAUGUUUGCCACAGUUAACCAAGUAAUCCAAGUUACAUUUAUAUAAGCUCUUAGAAAAUCCAUAACAUGUACUGUUAUUAAAAUCUAUAAACAAAUAAUGGACUUUGGACAUUUAAGCCAACAGUUAAACCUUGAUUAUCUGGACCUCAAUUAACCAACUUUUUGAUUAUCACAACUUUUCCUCUGGUCAAAGAUUUCUUAAAUGAAUAUUGCAAAUAAACGAGAAGGUAAACCUAAGCCUGAUUUUCUUUUGGCUUCACAUCUUCGAAAGAGUCAUUGAAAAGUUUUCUUUUGCCUUUGAAAAGCAAAGUUGGUACUUUUAUGUGAUGUCAGCC